AUGGCGGCUCCUGUUAAUCUCAAAGAUCUCACUAUCGAUAACAUUACCGAGAAUGUGCACGCCAUCAACUCUCAGUGCAGUAAUCUGCGCCUGAAGUAUAUCCUCGAACGAGUCGUCGUACAUUUGCACGACUUGGCGAGAGAAACGAGACUCACUACAGAUGAAUGGAUGACAGCUAUCCAAUUCUUGACACAAGUUGGUCAGAUCUGUACGGAUGUCCGACAAGAGUUCAUCUUAUUAUCUGAUGUCUUGGGCUUGUCUCUCCUGGUGGACUCCAUUGAUCACCCGAAACCAAAGGGCAGCACUGAAGGCACAGUUUUGGGCCCUUUCCAUACACACGAGGCCGAGCAUGUCAAAGAGGGAAGUCUGAUUUCCCAAGAUACAGAUGGCGAACCUCUUCUUGUUCUGUGUACCCUCAAGGAUGUCAAUGGCUCACCAAUUCCCGGAGCCAUGAUUGACGUUUGGGAGACUGAUUCAAAGGGGUUCUACGAUGUUCAGCACGCUGACCGGACUGGCCCGGAUGGAAGAGCUGUGCUGACGAGCGACGAUAAUGGAGACUUCUGGUUCAAGGCUAUUGUACCUGUGCCGUAUCCUAUUCCUCACGACGGACCUGUCGGAAAGUUGCUUAAGGUACUGGGCCGACAUUGCUACCGACCCAGUCACAUGCACUUCAUGUUCAAGAAGGACGGAUAUGACCCUCUAAUCACCGCUUUGUAUCUCAAGGAUGACCCUUAUGAGACUACUGAUGCGGUGUUUGGUGUCAAAGACUCGUUAAUUGUCAGCAUCAAGAAGGUUGAAGACGAAGAAAUGGCGAAGAAGUAUGGUGUCAAAAUUGGUUCCGCCUUGAUGACAUAUGACUUUGUUCUCGUCUCAGAUGAAGCAGCUGCAAAGCUUAGAAGGGAGAAGGCUGAGGAGGCAAUGGCGAAAUUGGGACGGAAGUUCCGAUUCAUUGAUGAUCUACCUGUUCCGGAUGUCGAUUAG